UAUUUGUAUACUAUAUAUUAUAUAUAUACACGUACACACAUACACACACACACACACACAUAUAUAUAUAUAUAUAAAUAUAUUUAUAUACAUACAUACAUAUCAUGGAUAUGUUUUUAUGUGCAAGCGUACAUAAUGAUGGUGAACGUGUAUAUGUGUAUACAUUAUGUGUGUAUCUGUGGGUGUGUAUGUGUGUGUGUGUGUGUGUUUACUUCUGCCUUCAGAAGCGCUUGCGAAAUCCCAAAUGAACUGGUGUUUUUUAUGCCAAAUGUAUUUAUAUACCUCUCUGUAUGUAUAUAUAUAUAUAUAUAUAUUUGUAUAUGUAUGUGUGUUGUAUGUGUAUGUGUGUUGUAUGUGUGUGUGUGCCUAUGUGUGUUAGGCAACAUAUAUAAAUAUAUAUCUGUAAUUUAUGUAUCCACAAAUACAUACAUACAUGCAUACAUACAUACAUACAUGCAUGCAUACAUGCAUACAUGCAUACAUGCAUACAUGCAUACAUACAUACAUACAGACACACACACACACACACAAAUACAUACAUACAUACAUGCAUGCAUACAUACAUACACUCACACACUCUUACGCACAUGUUCAUAUUUCCGUGUAUAUACACACGUCUGUGUAUGUUCGUGUAGGUUUGUGUAUGUUUGUGUAGGUUUGUGUGAGUCUGUCUAUAUUUGUGUAUGUGUGUGUAUGUUUGUUAGCAUUAAUAUUUGUUUGUUUUAG